CGUGCUGUGGGAUUUCUACUAUGUCGAAGCAGAGAAGUGGAGGCCGAGGCGCGAUGAGGGGCGACCGGAGAUCCUCGGCCGAUGCCUCGGAGGCGGUUCUGUGGCGAGAGGAAGAGGACGACGGCGGCGGAGUUGUGGAGGCGAAUGGGGAAGAGGCCGGGUGGAAGUGCUGGCGGCACCUGUCGCAGCCUCGCUACGGCGUCUGCCCCGCUUGCCUCCGCGACCGCCUCCUCCUUCUCUGCCCUGAUUGCGCCCGCACCCGCCCCUGCAUUUGCGGUAGCUUCGCAUCCUCCUCCUCCUCCUCUUCUUCUUUUUCUUCCCGUUCCUCCGCCGAGCCCAUCAGAUCCGGUUCUCGGAGAGGCGACGGCGCGGAGAUCGGCGCGGUCGGGCCCGUCGUGCGUCUCAUCGAGCGCGAGCCGGCCUUCCAGCGGUCGCGAUCGGUCGGGUUCCAGCUUCUCAGGUCGAAGUCGACGGCCGCCGCCGGAGCCGACGUGGAGCCUUCGCCUUCGAGGUCGCGAGGGCCCAAGAUUUGGGCGCCGUUUUGGAGGCGAAACCAGCCGAUGGAGGACACAAAACAACCCAAUCUCUACAGAUCGAGGUCAGUGGCCGCCGGGCACUUGCCUGACGCCGGCGCCGGAGCGGAAACGGAGGGAAUAAGGAAGCGGUUGCGGUGGCACUUCCCGAGCCCUAUCAAGGCGUUGCGGAGCAGGAUAGCGACGGCGAAGGCGGCGGUGCGGUAGCCCUCCCCGUGUCCCGCGGGUGACCGCACCGAAUCUUCGAGAUAUUUUUUAUUCUUCUUCGAUAACGCAGGAAUGCACAUUGUUCAUUGAUGGCAUGGGGCAGAGCUGAAGCCUGAACAGUGAGUAGGUAGGCACUGCCAUCAGAGGGGACACAUCCUUUGAGAGAGUGGACUCAUAAACUACCCUUUUGUUCCAGUUCAU